AUGAAGGCUGCUAUUGCGUUGCUAUUCCCAGACACACGCCAUAGAUAUUGUUUAUGGCAUAUAAUGCGAAAACUGCCUGAGAAAUUGGGAUCUCACGCUACCUUCAAAGCAGGGUUGAAGACUGCUAUUCAGAGUGCCCAAUAUGAUUCACAGACAUGUGAUGAGUUUGAGGAGAAGUGGGGGCAACUUAUUCAUAAAUAUGAACUAGGUGAAAAUGCAUGGCUGCAAGGGUUGUAUAACGAGAGAUCGUUUUGGGUACCGGUGUACCUUAAAGGAGUUUUUUGGGCUGACAUAAGCACAACACAGCGUUCUGAAAGCCUGAAUACUUUCUUUGAUGGGUUUGUGCAUUCUGGUAUGAUGUUGAAAGAAUUCGUCAAUCAAUUUGACAAUGUGCUUAGGAAGAAGGUGGAGGUCGAGACGACAACUGAUUUCAAUUCCUCCAACCAAACCAUCCCAUGUUCAUCUACGUUUCGCAUUGAAAAUAAGGAGGGUUGCAUUUCCACCUACAAUGUUUUAGAUGAAAUAACGACAGAUGAUGACCAUGUUAAGAGUAUAAAGUACACAGUUUACUUUAACGAUGAGGAGAUUGAUCUGAAAUGCACAUGUGCAAUGUUUGAGAUGAGAUGGAUUGUCUUUAGGCAUGCAUUGAACAUUUGUCAGAUGAAUAAGAUUUAUGCACUACUAGAGAAGUACUUGUUGGAUCGAUGGAGAAAGGACUUAAAGAGGAGAUACACAGUGGUAAAAAGUAACUACGAUGACUUACGACAAAAUGCGGAUUCAUGGAGGUAUGAGUUUGUGGUGAAACGAUGUGUGAAAUUAGCUACCUGUGUAUCGUCGAGUGAUGCUCAUGUUAUUGCAUUCAUGUGCCACUUGGAUGAGUUUGAGAAUCAAUUUAAAGGAUUAACACUUGAGUCCAGCUCAACGAAGGUAACAGAGAUUGUGAUCACGGACAAGGGCAAGAAAAUAUUAAGCCCACACGUUGUCAGAGGGAAAGGGAGGCCGCCAACAAAAAGAAAGGUUCCGCCUGUUGGGAAGGCUGCGAUCAAGCGAAAGAAGAAACAUACACGCAAAAAAAUAUUUGAUGAUACGAACCAGGAUUGUGAGGUGUCAGAAGCUCCAGAAAAUGUUGAAGCAUCAACAUUAUCAGUGGCAUCUAUUGGAGGACUAGGUCAGUAUCUUAUAUGUUCCUCCAAUUGUAAGGUUGGGAAAUGA